AUGGAUUUGAAAUCAUCUGAAUACUCGGUUGAGGCUUGUGUUGUUGAAAUGCCGGUAAAUCCUACGCCAGAUACAGCCGGGCAGAAAUCUACGUUGGAAUCUCAGGCAGAAAGCUUCACCAAUUUCAACCAAACUCGACAAAACAGCGAUUCGUUCAUUUGUCGCAUUUGCCAGGCCUCCACGGACGAGUUGAGCCUGAUAUCUCCCUGUCUGUGCAAGGGCUCGAUGAAGUACGUACAUUUGGGCUGCCUCGAACUGUGGUUAAAUCGCUCGGGACUAACGCGGUGUGAACUCUGUCUUCACACGUUUCAAACGCAUGAAACACUUCGAUAUGGAUGCUGUGAGUCGUUGCUUGUGUGGUACCGAAACCAGGAGCACCGAAAUUUGCUUAUGUCCGAUCUGGUGAUUUAUUCCAUCUUAUCGUUCGUCUGCUUGAUGCUAACGCUGGUAUGCUUGUUAGUACUUCGAUUGCAAGAAUCCGGGCAUGAGCCAUUUGGAGAGGAGCUUGCCAAAGCCGCUGUUAUCUGUUUUCUUUCGUUGGUGAUAAUCGCCUACUCGGCCAACGUCAUUAUUAUUGCCAGAGAUCAUGUGCUACCCUGGUAUCGAUGGUGGAAGUCGGCUAGAAAUGUUCGGUUGUCGCGUUUUGAAAUUGUUGACCAUGGGAUGGAGCUAGUAUGA